AUGUCAACUGAACUCGCCAGAAAUUUGAUACAACGAAUACGAGAGGAUUUGAAGGAAUGCAUAGACAACAGCGAAGGUUGCAGCACCAGCACAAGUCAUCAAUUGGAAAAUGAAGAAGAUGAAUCCAUGGCAGAUCCAGAAGAUGAAAACUUACAUCAAGAGUUGGAAAAUGUAGAUGAGGAAUCCACAGCAGAUCUAGACAGGGAGAGUUCAAGUCUACGAGUACAAGAUGAAAUAGAAGGCUCAAUGGAUGUUUCGAGUUUUCAAAUUCGCUCACGCUACAGAAAAGACAUUGACGAUCAACGAGUUAAAAUGCUUUUCUCUAAUUUUUUGGAUGAAGCUGGUUUGGAUGACAGUGUCAUGGAAAGGCCUGGCUUUCAGAACUUAUUUCUUUAUGUUAAUCCUGCAGUCAAAUUUCCGGAACCAUCAAAGAACCAGACCCUCAAUGUACCAAAAACGGAAAAAUUGUUCAAAAAACGAUCAUCGUCCAGAAAACUAUUUUUUGGAGAACCGUUCGAAGCUGUCACUACACGAACUCAACUUGAACUUAAUAUCAACGAGGCUAAUGAAGGAGAGCCUAGCUCAUCAAGUUCAGUUUCCUCAGAUGCAAUCGAAAAUGUGGCUGAACGAAAGGAAACAAUGGCACAAAAAGAAAAUAUAAUGGAAGACUCAGCUGAAAUUCAAAAAUUGGAAACUGGAAAAAAAUGUGAAUCGAAUGCUUUUGACUCCUCAGAUGACGAUGAUGAUACGGACGUUCUGAAAUCUACAGAUACUGAUGAGAUGGUGCCGGGCGAAUCGGAAAGAGUGAAAGAACUAGUUGACAGAACUCUCAGCAAAGAACCACCAGCUCCUGGUCUUACACCUUGCUUUAUUUGCGGAAACAAUGUGACUAACCAUGAAAGUAUUACGAUGACUGCCAACGAAACAAUCAAAGCACUGAUGGCUGCAGUCCAUUGUGAAAAAAUCAAACUGGAAACUGCAGAAGCAGCUCUUUGCCAGGUUCGCCUCAAAAUGUGCAGUACUCAUCACGACAAUGUGUACAAAUGGAUGUGCAAAGCAAUUGGUGUCAAAACUGCAAGCGAAGUUGAUGCAAUACCUGGAAUAGACUUGUUCGACGUACUUACGGUGUACAGACGCUUGAAGGGAAUUCGAGAUGCUUACGAGAAUAGGAAUCCGUCCAACACUCCUUGUGGAUCUUUCAAAAUGGCGAUCAAGUCAUAUUACCGUAACUACGUUCCACGCAAGCGAGGAAUUGUGAGAUCAAUCAAAGCUAUUGCGCGAAUUGUCAAAGAGGAUCCACGCAAUAACUCUUUCGCAAAAAUGUCUCAGGACGAUGAGAAAAUCCUUUACAAAGAAGUUGGAAGGUCGGAUCACAGACAACACUCUCUUCAAUCACACACAACUGAACUUGCUGUGGCUGCAUCUUUGGAAAUUCCAGAAGAAUCUACUUCCGCUCCAAAUGACACUCAUAUUGAACCACAACAAGAACUCGAAACUACGAGGCUGGAAGAACAAAAUAACAACAUGCCAAGAGUGGCUGGCGAAGUCAUGCUACCAACUGAUGAUCAUUUUGAAGAAGGAGAUGAGAAACAAAGCAACCAACCAAUACUGCCACCAUCCGAUUCCCCUUGCGUGGCGAAAACUGAUCCAGAAGGACACGCAGAGAUCAAAUACCAAACCACAUUCCCAGACACAGUUCCGGACUUUGAGGUGGUAGAAGGGAGAACCUAUAAGGCAGUAAUGGCAGAGAACCCGGCAAGAACACUACUCAGUAGUUUAAUGGAAAUGUCGUGUGAUGAGGAGGAACCAGAAGAUUUGGAUGAAUCAUCUGAUGAAGAACCUGAUGAAGAAAUGGAGGACAACCAGCAGAGAGAAGAAGUGAAAUGUCACACCCCACCCAUGGAAGCAACAUUGGGACCAGAUUGUUACCCGCCUGGAGAAUUUCCAUUUGUUUCACCUGCUAGCCCUUUGGUAAAAGUUGAAGAACCGGAAGACGUCAAACCAGAACCAGAACAGCAAUUUUUGAAUGCCUGUGCUGAAACAUGGGAAACCAAUGAAGAAGUUGUUAUGACUGGAGACAACUUUGAAGUACGCGCAGUGAAGCAGGAAAUUGAGGAAAUAGACGACACUCUCAUGGAAAUAGAGGAACUACCUUCAAACUGGGUAAAAUCGGAGGCUGAACUACUCAGUGAACAAAGAAUAUCUCAAGAGCUGGAUUUAAAACCACUGGUCGAUCAAGGUUUAGAAAUAACACACGUGGUAACACAUCAGGGUGUGAUAAUUGACCAAAAAAAGUCAUUAAGCCCGAUUCCCGAUUUUGAAGAGCCACAACCAGAAAUCGGCGGUUGGAUGCCAAAACCGAUUCCAUGGGGCCAGAUGCUUUACUUUUCAACAGAUUCACUGGAUGUAAAAUCUAAUGAACAACCAGAUAAACAGGAAACAAGACUUGGAAAAAGAGCUAAACCAAUCGAGCAUGAAAGCAGUCCACCUCCUUCAAAGAAAGAAAAUGAACCAGUGCAAAGAGAAUCGUUGUCACGGGCGGUUAAAAGAACUAGUUAUCAAAGGCCAAGUUCACCAUGUUCAAUGGAAGUUGAGUUAUUUAUGAAACCAGCUAAACAACGACGCUUGAUGGAUGUAAACUGUGACGCGGCUGAUGGUAAAAAUAGGCCAAGUACACUGGAUGAUGCAUGUUUUGCGAAACCCGCCGAACUGCAACGUGUUUUGGAAAGCGACAUCGAACUUACACGUUUCAACCGUGAAGUCAGUCUACCUCCUGAUGUUCCAGCACAGAAUGGAUAUGGUUCGAUGAGAAGACGAUCUUUUUCACGGACGGCAAAAACGUAUGUCUAUAAUAGGUUAACUGCACCAUGCUCAGCGAUGACGAGGAUACAAAUUCAUCGAAUGACACCGGAACUCGCGUGA